UUUAAGAUAGAUUCGUUGCUUUCAGACAUAAUCAUUAUUUGAAUUAAUUUAAAACAGUGUAGUUGGUUAUAAUUUGGUUUGCGAUAUUCGCGGAAAGUUGUUUAAAAUGGAACAUCCAUUACAAGUUGAAGAGUGAAAAGCUAGAAAGCGGCGUUCAAAUCCCGAGAAAUGGACCCGGAAUGCACAAAAAAAGGCAAGAUACAUGCCUUCCAAGCUUCCAGUAGCUCCACAAUGUAGUCAUCAUUCUGGGGCUCUUCAAUGUAAGAAACUUACUAUAAGGGACUUGAAAGCUUUUCAUGAAAAAUUUUAUUCUACUUAUGAUAAGUUAAAAGAAUUUCCCUUUAUUUUGAAGUACACACAAGUGUUAAACAUAAAAAGACGUCGUCCUAAAAAUGAAAUGCACUCAAGGAAGCAAUUCCAUACAAAAUAUUUUGUUAGCAGCAUUGAACGUACUUUGAUUCCUGUGUGUCAACAGACGUUUCUGAAUUCUUUAAAUAUUAAGAGUCUUCGAGUGCAGCGUGCUAUUGGAAAUUUUAUGAAAACUGGUACUGCGCCCCAGGAAAAUAGAGGUGGCGAUUAUAAAUCAAAAAAAUUUAAAAACAAAUGCUUGGCUGUAAUACUUUUUUUGAAAUCACUAAAAUGUGACAGUUCACACUACUGUCGGUCUUCCUCUAUGCGGCAGUACUUAAGCUCGGAUCUAAAUAUUAAUAAAUUAAUUAGAUUGUAUAAUGACCAGGCUGCCUCUGAGCUUAAAGUCAAGCAUACGUAUUUUUGGAAAAUAUUUAGCACUAAAUUCAUUUUAGGUUUUGAGCAUCCCGUUACCGACGCAUGUUCUACGUGCAUACAAUUAAGUUUAAAAAUUAAGAGUGAAACAGAUGUAAAUAAAAAGCCGAAGCUUAUGGCUGAGAAACAAGUUCAUAAAUACAAAGCUAAAGCAUUUUUUGAUCUGGUACGAAAGAAGAGGGAUGACCUUAUUACCUUUUGCUUUGACUGUGAAAAAAAUGCACCCUUUCCAAAAAUACCUGAUCAGAGUUGUUACUACAGCCGUCAGUUAUACCUUUAUAAUUUUACAAUCACACAGGGAAGUUCAAAAGACACAUUGUUUAAAAAUAAUACGUUCUGUUACGUAUGGACCGAAGAUGUUCACAAAAAAGGCUCAAAUGAAAUUGCCUCAGCCCUGUACCAUAGAUUACAAAAUACUGAUUUUCACUAUAAAAAAGUUAUUGGUUUAGUUGCUUAUGGUUGCGGGGGCCAAAACAAAAACAUUACUGUCAUUACUGCUUGCUCUUUUUGGUUUCAACAAAAAGCUCCUCAAAACAUUGAAACAAUAGAGCUUGUGUUUCCAAUUACAGGGCACUCUUUUAUUCCGCCAGACCGAGUCUUCGGCAAUAUCGAGAAGAAAAUCAAAACUUUCGAAAAUAUUGUAAAUCCAGAUCAGUAUAAAGACAUUAUAUCUGAACAUGGGACUAUCAUAGAGCUUGGUAGUGACUGCAUCAUUCCAGAUUUUAAGGCAGCAGCUGAAACUGUUUUAAAAUCCACAAGUUCUUUACACUUUAAGAUAACAGAGUGCAAAAGAUUCUUCAUACGAAAAAGCACAAGAAAAAACGAUAUUUUAGUAAGAAGAGAACCUGUGUAUAGGCAUAACAUGAGUUUAUUUAAAUCAAUAACAAAAAAGAAUAGACUUUUGGAAAAUUUUCAACCAGCCGUAAUACGAAAAUAUGGAGUGAAAGUCAAAGAGGAAAAGGCUAAUGAUGUCAAAAAGUUGUUACUAAAGCACUUUGGAGAACAGUGGAAGCUGAAUGUUGAAUUAGUUUAUUUCAAGAAAUUUUUUGAACGGAAUAAUCUGGGUCCAGAAGACGAAGAAUCCCGAAUUCGUUGUUUGAACUUCAAUCUUAAUUAAUAACCUUCCUAAUUAUUAAGUGAUGUGUUAAAAAUUUUAUUUUAGUAAUGAUGUUCAAUAAAUAAAAAAUGUCAAAAAUGUCUUGAGUAGUUUUAAUACUGUGUUCCGUAGCAAAAUCAGUAAUCUCCGUAAUACGUCACAAUAAAACUUACAAUAUCCGAAUGUUUAUAUCAAAGUCAACAAUCUCCAAUUUUUAUUUUUAAAUUAUGGUGGUAUUAUUGAUCCUAAG